AUGUCACAUCACCCCUCUCGCACGGUUCUUUCCGUGCGACGGUUAAGGUUUCUCGCAGUAUCGCUGAUAGUCGUCGCCGUGUCGCUCACAUUCCUCCUGCAGGUGCCACUCCUUCAAAUCGACGAGGGCGUGUACGUGGAGAGGCUAUUCCGCUCCAACUCCCGCAACAACACAGUCCAACCUCUCACCGUCCUCGUCCUCGACAGCAGCCAGUCCCCGGACGCCCCUUUCCCCUUCCUCUCCGCCUUCUCCUCCUCCUUCCAGAAGCCGCACUGGCGCUCGCGCCCAAUCACCGCGCAGCAGCAGCAGCUGCUGCACAACCAGCAGCAGCAGCAGCAGCAGCGGCGGUGGAGAUCCCAACCCCUCGCAGGCGUCUUUGACGUGGUAGCGUAUGGCGCGGUGGGGGAUGCUGUCACGGACGAUACACAUGCGCUGACCACGGCCAUGCAUGCGGCGUGCAGUCAUGCGGUGGAGAGGGGAGUGGUGGCGACGGUGCUGGUGCCGUGGGGUGGUUGCUAUACCGUGCAGCCCAUCACCAUGCAGGGGCCGUGUGGGCCUGGCAUUCGAUUGCGGAUUAAUGGGGUCCUGGUAGGUCCAUCUGACCCUGCAGCCUACCCUUUCCCCGACUACACCAGCACCUACUUCCCCUAUACCAGCGGCUUCCUCUCCUUCAAGAACUUCUCCGGACUCGUGAUCUCGGGCGGAGGCAGAAUCGACGGGCAGGGGUGGGAGUUCUGGAAAGCAUUCAGGAACUACACCCUGCAGAAGACCAUUCCGAUCAGGCCGUUUGCGAUCCGGCUGAUGCACUGCAAGAACACGACGGUGGAAGGCAUCUCUAUCUGGAACUCUCCCAUGUAUCACCUCUUCGCGUACACGUGCGAUGGGCUGCACAUACGGAGGUACAAGACCAACUCGCCCAGCAGGAGUCCCAACACGGACAGCCUCAAGCUCGUUGGCAUCAAGAACGCUCUCAUUGAGGAGUGCUUUCUGCAUGGAGGUGAUGACGAUGUGUCAGUUGUUGCAGUGGGAGAGCUGGUGGCGUCUAACAUUACUGUGAGAAACCUGGAAGCAACAGCUGGACAUGGAAUAAGCAUUGGGAGUGUUGGAUGGGACGGCAAUGUGGGGUGUGUAUCGAAGGUGCGGGUGGUGAAUGUGACGCUCAUCAACCUGACCAACGGCAUCCGCAUCAAAACAUGGCAAGGGGGCCUUGGGGUGGUCCGGGAUGUCAUGUACGAGAACAUCCACAUGAGGAACACCAGCAAGGCCAUCAUGCUUAAUCAGUUUUACUGUGACAGGCACCAAAAUUGGACAUGUGGUGGCAAUGAGAACAACGUUGCUCUGCACAAUAUUUUGUACCGGAACAUAUCAGCACUCGUCCGCGAUAAAUUUGGCAUUUUCAUGCGCUGCAGUGACACUGUGCCCUGCACUGGCAUUCACCUUCAGCAGGUCAACAUCCAACCCCAGAAUCCCACCAGACUGCUUACACCUGUUUUCGAGAAUGUCCUGGCCAGUGGCGCAACUGAUGAUGUGUGGCCUGCACCAGCAGGUUGGGAAAUGUCUUUUCCUACAGCACAGCAGGCGGCUCUCAUACAGAACGUAUCAUCUUAUUGUAACCAGUAUGGAUGA